AUGUCUACAAAUGACCUCCAAGCAGUCUCUAAACUUCCUCCCGAGAAGGCUUACCGACCCCGAUCAUCCCGAGACAAGGCAUUGACAGCAUUCGCGCAAUUAGGUUGCCUUCGGUUACACGCGAAAAGAGGGAUAGUCACACUGCUUGAUGCCAAAAACCAGUACAUUAUUGCUGAAGCAACACAAUCAUUAUCUCUUCUUUCUGAUGAGCAACAUGCAACAGGCGACGAACUGUGGUUUGGUAACUCUUUCAUUCAGCGAGAAACCGGCGUGUCCGGUGACGCGUUGUUUCCAGAGACCUACACUGCGCAUGGACCUGAUGGGUAUACCUAUAGCGCACCUGCUUUGGUUAUAGACGAUAUGACGAAGCACGAGAAAUACAAGAGCCGAGGCUAUGCUGGCAAUGGAGUGUCAUUCUAUUGUGGAGUGCCCAUCACGACAAAGCAGGGUUUCGUUAUUGGGGUUUACACUGUUUCUGACGAUAAGCCUCGCCAUCGCCUUCAGGCUGAUGAGUUGAGGUUUAUGGUCGACAUGAGCGUCAUUGUCGCCGAGCACCUCGAGUCUGUCAAAGGCGACCGGGCCAGAGUACGAGGAGAACGACUUAUCCAGGGGAUUGGUGAAUUCAUCGUGGGAGAUUCAAGUGAUAGGAAUAGACAAGUGGACGCAAAGUCAGCACCUCAACCGCCGACCGCGUCCGCCUCUGCGUCCACGACUUCCGAGACCAAGACCAGACCGGAUGAUCUGAAGCAAAUAGUCCCAGACGAACAGGCGAAACCAACUGAGUUCAAAGGGAUGGUCAUAGGUGACCCAAGCGAUGCUUCACAAGAGCGCAGGCAACAUACGGGACAGGAUAUGCAAUCAAAUGUUCAAAAUAAUUCUUGUCACACCACUGAGCCUCACGGAGACUCCAGCCAAGCGGUGCCCAAUGGAGAGCUAACAGCGGACAAGGAGUCGACGGACAGACGACCCAGCGCUCCCAAAAGGGCCAGGUCAGAAAGAGGCAAGCUUAUGGUGGACGGCUCAGAAGCAUUUAAUCGAGCGGCGUCCAUUCUUCGCGACUGUAUCAACGCCGAUGGCGUUGUGUUCCUGGAUGCCAGCUCCGCCAAUCUCAGCUCCGGGUCUGCCAUGAAUGACUCUGAGCCUGGUGUCAACACCAUGCAACACACCAGAAACAGACGCAGGCGCCUGAUCCAGCCGCAAAACGACCCCGAGCCACAAAUUCCGUCCGGCCCGCAGCAAAACGGAAUUAGCAGUCCUCACGAAGACAGCGACUCCGACUCUUCUACAACAGCACGAAGCUCUAGCGACUCUUCCACUAAGACGCCGAGUAAAGACUUCUGUGGCGUGCUCGGCCAAUCUGUCUCCAAGCCAACCAAGCCUUUGAACAUCACUCUACAAAGGCUAAGUCGAUUCGUUCGCCACUAUCCGGCAGGUAAAUGUUUCGUUUUCGACAGCCUUGGCCAGCCUGCCUCAAGUGACGAGAGUUCCGAAUCUAUUACCCCAUCGCAUGAAAACUGUCUACAACCUGUGAACACUCCCUCUUCGCAAGCAACGAGGCAGAUCAGCACUACAAGAGCCUUGGGCAAGGCCUUGCCUAAUGCAAGAAACAUUGUCUUCCUUCCACUGUGGGAUUACGCCAAGGAUAGAUGGCAUGCAGCAGUCGUGCUUUGGACCAAUAACCCGCACAGUCUUACCAACAUCCAUGAUGACAUGGCAUACCUCGUAGCUUUCAACAAUGCAGUCAUGAAUGAGAUCAACCGUAUCAAUUUAGCUCUAUCUGAUACCGCGAAAGCGACAUUUCUGGCCAACAUUUCGCACGAACUGCGCUCGCCUUUACAUGGCAUUCUUGGAAGCAUUGAAUUUCUUCACGACACGGCGAUGGACGACUUUCAGGCCGGUAUGCUGAUCUCCGUGGAGACUUGCGGCAAGACUUUGCUCGACACAGUGAAUCAUGUUUUGGAUUAUGCCAAAAUAAACAAUCUUUCAGGUCGUGGGUCACGAAAGACUGGAUCGACACGGAAUCAAGGUUAUCAACAAGCCACUAACUCUGACGACAGCCUAACGGCCGACUUUGAUCUGGCCUUGAUUGUCGAAGAGGCGGUGGAAGCGGUAUAUGCCGGCCAAGUAUUUCGCACUGCGAAUGGUGACGCGCUUCAAGGGAAAGGCCCUAUCCAGUCUGCUGCUGGACGGGCAAUGGAAAAGAGAGAAGAUGCCAGGUCCCAUAUAAGUGAAGCAUCAGCAAUCACCUCUGACAAGGUUCGCCUCACUCUCAACAUCGACGACCACACGAAUUGGAAUGUGAAAUCACAACCAGGCGCGGUAAGACGUCUUGUCAUGAAUAUCCUAGGAAAUGCCUUGAAGUAUACCAGUGAAGGGAGCAUUGAUGUUUCGCUCGAGAUCGACCACACCCGCAAGAAGCGCCACUCCUAUGUUCAUGCCCUUUUAAAAGUGACUGAUACAGGAAGAGGCAUGUCAGGUGAGUUCAUGAAGAAUCACGCUUUUACUGCAUUCUCUCAGGAAGAUUCUUUGGCAACUGGGACAGGGCUUGGCUUGAGCAUUGUUCGGCAAAUCGUGGAUGCGCUCGGGGGCAAGAUUGACCUGGCGAGCGAGAAAGACAGAGGAACUGAGAUCAGCAUCUGGCUUAGCCUUCCGCAGAGCCACAACGCCCCUUCGCAAGAUUUUGAGAAGAACAUCAUGACCGAAAUGCGCUCACGAACGAAAGGUCUUGACAUAUCACUCCUCCUGCCGCGUUCCGAAAGAUCAAACGGCGGAUGCAGAGUCGAUUCGUUGCGCAAAAUGCCUUCGGUCGAAAGCUCGAUGCGCAAUCUUCUAUCUCAGUGGUUUAGCAUGAACGUCUCCAUCGAUGAGAGUAUGGAGGGUAUCGCGCCGCACUUUUUCCUCUACCCCGAGCCGCCUCCGAUAGACUUUCUCAUGCAUAACCAUGGAAAGCCAAAGGGCGUUAGAGAGAUACCGGUCAUUGUUCUGUGUACAAACGCAUUUGAGGCUGCCAGUCUGAGGUCUCACGGCCUGCAUCGACUGACCGACAUAGGACGAAUUAUUGAGAUUAUAUCUCAGCCAUGCGGCCCACACAAGUUGGCCAAAGUCCUUCACCGAUGCAUGCAACGGAUGAAUCUGCUACAAGAACAGGCUCGUUCAAGAUCAACGGAUCAUGUACCUUUGUCUUUGCAUCGAAAACAGGAUAAAACUUCUACCAAGUCUCCUGUUGAGGCGAAUCCUUCGCAGGGCGACUCUGAUCAAGUAGACAAAUCUGAGGGCUUUUCAAAGAAUACAAACAAUAGCAGAGUGUCCCUGUCUUCGCAAGCUGUCUGGCAGGAGUCCACUGAGUCCAUCGAUUCAAUCGACCCAGCUAUUGCUUCUGCGGAACGCGCAAGUCGAACCGAUCUCGCCAAGGACUCAAACUCCCCGGACGAGCCAAUGACUGCGACCUCGUCGCGAACAGACGCAACUGAUCAAGGGCCUUCCCCAGUGGACGACAAGAUGUCUGAAGACCAAAGACCCCGAGUACUUGUGGUUGAUGACAACACUAUCAAUCUCCAUCUUCUCGUAACAUUCGUUCGGAAGACCAACCAUCCCCACGAGUCGGCGACCGAUGGACUCAAAGCGCUCGAGGCAUACAAACGCAGCGUGCUAGAGGACAAAAACGGCUUUAGAUAUAUCCUCAUGGAUAUUUCAAUGCCUGUCAUGAACGGGAUCGUCUCUACCCGGGAGAUUCGCAAGUUUGAAAAAGACCAUAACAUCAAGAACCCCGUCGAGAUCAUCGCCCUCACAGGCUUGGGGAGUGAAAGUGCGCAAAACGAAGCUUAUCAAGCCGGCUUUGACCAUUUCUUGAGUAAACCAAUUGUGAGUAAUGUUUAA